GGUCUCGGCUUCUCUAUCCAAUGCUUUGCUGAUCAGACUGCAGUUGUAUUUGGGGGAAGUUGGCAGCUGGCGGCUCACGGCGAAAGGCUUUCCUCUCUCUCCGACGCUUGGACAGUGGAAUUAUGAGCAGAGCUGACCCAGCCUAUAUCACCCUGUCUUGAAUCUGUUUCUGUUUCACACCGAGAUAAAUUGAACCGACCAUGGAGACUGGAUUCCGCAUCCUCUUGGCUUUCCUUGUCCCCCAGGUUGCCCGUGUGGGUGGCCAUGAUGAUGGAGGCCAUGAAGGCUGUGUACCUGGCUUCCAGGUCAAACACUACCAGGUGGCAUACAGUGGACCCUUUCAGAAAGGCCAGGCGCUCAUACAAGUCGAGUUUGAUGACUGCGCGGGGAACGAGGACGUGAAGUUUAAGGUGUCGGACGCUAGCUUCCAUGUGGACGGGGAUCUGAAUCUGGUUCCUCAGCGAGAUGUCCUGUACAGCGGGCCAGUCCUGUUCAUCCACGGGCUCAGUGCACACGCAGAUGACAUGGCACAGGUGGAAGUCACCGGACUGCCAAACACUCUCAGGGAUAUCCUGGGUCUUGGCCAGAUGCUGCCAUACAGAUCUAAGAGAUCCCUGCUGGUCCCUCCUAUGAUCAUAACUGAGAACCAGAGAGCUCCCUUCCCCAGGAUUAUUGGCAGGUCUCAUGUGAUUUCAGCAGAGAAGUCAGGGAACCAUAUCUUCCGACUGACAGGCCCCGGUGCUGACCAGGAUCCCAAAGGUGUCUUCACUAUUGACAUGGACACAGGAGAUGUGUCAGUCAGCCGCUCACUGGACCGGGAGGCCAUUGACUCCUACCAGCUGGAAGUUUCAACCACAGACUUCGCUGGAAACGUUGUCGAGGGACCGGCCGUACUAGUGAUCACUGUCAUCGACCAAAAUGACAACCGGCCCAUCUUCAAAGAGACACGUUACACAGGAGAGGUGCUCGAGGGAUCCCCUACAGGAACCACAGUGAUGACAAUGACGGCAUUCGAUGCAGAUGACCCCGCCACAGAUAACGCUGCUUUGCGCUACAUCAUCGUCAGGCAGUCGCCAGACAAGCCUUCCUCGAGAAUGUUCAACAUCGAUGCAGAAAGAGGCGACAUUGUCACCGCCAUCUCCCCUACAUUACUUGACAGAGAGACGUUGCCAACCACAACAUAUGAGUUAGAGAUUGUGGCCAAGGACAUGGCAGGAAGUGAGGUGGGCCUAACAGGAACAGCCACGGCUACCAUUACCAUCACAGACAAGAACGACCAUGCCCCUGAGUUCACACAUCCGCUGUUUGAGGGGCGUGUGUAUGAAGGCUCGACGGGUGUGGUGGUCAACCUGACCGUAGACGACAGGGAUGACCCAGACACAGGGGCGUGGAGAGCUACCUACUCUAUAAUUAACGGAGAUCCCACACAGAGCUUUGAUAUUCAAACCAACCCAGACAAUAACGAGGGAAUGCUGUCUGUUGUCAAGCCUCUGGACUAUGAGGCCAAUGCAUUCCACAAGCUACUCAUCAAAGUAGAGAACGAAGAUCAUCUGGUUCCUGAUGUUAGCUACAACUCCAGCUCCACAGCCACUGUCCAUGUCACAGUCCUGGACAUCAACGAGGGCCCUGUCUUCUUCCCCGACCCCCUGACAGUCACCAGGAUGGAAAACAUUAAUGUGGGCAGCUUUGUGGCCGCACUCAAUGCUACAGAUCCAGAUAAAUUACAGAUACAGAGCAUCAGGUAUGCUGUUCUGCAAGACCCAGCAGGCUGGCUGAGUGUGAACCCAGUCAGAGGAACUGUCAACACUUCGGCCUCGCUGGACCGUGAGUCUCCUUAUGUCCAUGACAAUAAAUACACAGCUGUCUUCAUCGCCACAGAUAACGGCAGCCCUCCAGCCACAGGUACCGGCACGUUGGUCAUUCACCUGGAAGACUACAAUGACAAUGCCCCCUAUGUGGUACCAUCGGUAGCGCAAGUGUGUGAAGAUGCCCAUGAUAUGAAUGUGGCCAUAGUUGGCGGGCGGGAUAAGGACCUCCCGCCGAAUGCUGCACCCUUUAAGAUAGAACUGGGAAAACAGCCUGGCCUAGAUAAAACAUGGAAGGUUACCAGAAUCAACUCCACACACUCCCAAAUCAUGCUUUUACACAGUCUGAAGAAAGCCAACUACCAGCUCCCGUUGCUCAUCACUGACUCAGGGGUGCCCCCUUUGUCCAACAACACAGAGGUCAAAGUUCAGGUGUGCGUCUGUAAGAAGUACAAGAUGCACUGCAGCUCUGCCAACUCCCACCGCGCCAGCCUUCUCGUGCUGCUCGCGACACUCCUGCUUGCCCUACUCUGCCUGUAGAUUCUGCUGAAACCUCCCGUAGUCCUUUUUGCAACACUGAAAAGCAACGACUUAUCCCCCCCACGCAACCCAGGCUUAGGAGAGAAGAAGAAGACAGAAAAGAAGCGAGAAGAAGUCUUCUCACCACAACAAAUCAAACAAGAAAAUACAUGACACAAUCCCCACCGGCACCAGUGCUGUAUAACACCACUCAGCAUUUGUUUUUUAUUUCACACUUAUCCUCUUCUCUUCACCUUUUGUUUCCUUGUUGCAUCUGCCCCUCUUCAGUCUUCUCUCAUCUCAUGUCCUCAAGUUUUCCUGACUCUGAUUCUCUUUGACGUUUUUCUCCAUCUUUCCACUCCCCUCUACACUUCCUCCACCAUCGAUUAUUCCGUUUCUUUUUUACAGUUUUCAAUGUAUUCCAUUUUGGCACCGCACCAUUACACUGGCAGACAAACGUUGGGUGUUAGCAGCGUUCAUGGCAACAUGCCACAUCCGUAGGAGAUACUUGAAACAACAUGUAUAUUGAUAUUGUAACAAAACAAAAGCUAUAAAUCAAUUUCAUAUUGGACCUCACCUUAAACCUCUGGUCUUUUCCCUCAUUUCACCUGAAACCUCUUGCACCCUCCCCAGCUUUCUUUUUCUCCUCCUUCCCUCCUUUUCCUCUCAUAGCCUCCUCUAUUCCUCUGUUUUCUUUUCCCUUCUACUCCAUCCUUCCUUCCUUCACACUCCCCAUGCAUAAACAUCAUCCCACUAUCUAUCUGCCUCUUUUUCCCUGUCUCUAUCGACCUCUCUCUGUCCUCGGUGGGCCAGAGAACACUGCGAAGGCUGAGCUACUGUCCUGGUUGGAGAAGAACAUUGACUUUUUGAUGUGUUCCUUUCUUUUCUUGUCACAGACUGUGUUUGAUCUUGUUUCCCUCUUUAAGCGGAGAGAACAAAGCCUGUUUCUUUGUCUGCAGUGGUUGUGGUCUUUUAGGACAAGGUGGUAGCCAUAAGCCUUCAAAGUCAGAAACUCUAUGGAGUCCUUUCUUCGAUUUGCUUCUGUUUUUAUUGCAUUAGUUGUCAUGGAGUGGAAAACAGUAUAUCUUUAUAGUAACGGUAUAAACCUUUAAAAAAGUACUAUUAUAUAAAUAUUUUAUUUUUUACCAUUGUAUAAAUAUACAGUAUUGAUUAACUUAUGUACUUUGAUUGCAAGUUCUUUGGUCACCCACACAGUGAGUAAAUAAAAAAGAGGAAACCUUUUUUCUGUGAAUUUUAGGCACUAUUUCUAAUGCUAUUGAUGUGUUGAAUAUUUUAUUGUAACAUCUUUUUUUAUUAUUAUUUUGAAAUCUGUGAUUAAUUGCAGAAUCAGGAGUCAUAUUUUGACUGCCAUGUGUUUAGGUUCGAUUUUGUCUCAAGUCAAUUCUUCUCCUGUUCUCUCUCCAUCUGUCAUUACAAGUCACAAGAAUGUGUAAGACAAAGGCUGUGGUUUUGGUGGAUAGUUUCGCUUUUUUCUCUUGCACUCAUCAAAAGAACAUAGCGUGUGUGGGUUUGUGUGGAAGACCACCUUAAAGAAAAAGAUGACAUUUUGAAUGAGUUAUGUCUGUCUUUUGCACUAAUUUAAUAAAGCCGUUACUGAAAAUUCCCACAGUGCUGUUUUGCAAAUUGUGUGUUCACUGAAAAACCAUUUGAUCUCUAGUGAAAGGAGUUGUGCACACAUUUACUGCAAGUGUUAGCAUGUGUAUAUGUCAUUUACAUUGCAUUUCUGCUUCUGAGUCAGUCACACUUAAAGGACUAGUUUGACAUUUUGGAAAAUACGCUUACUUGCUUUCUUGCCACAAGUUAGAUGAGAAGAUAGAUACAACUCUCAGAUUUGUCUGUUAAAUAUGACACAAUUAUUAUAGCAUGUUUUGCUAACUAGUCUCAUAAAUUGUUUAUUGUCACAGACCGGAUAAUCAUACUUUGACGCUGAUGUUGCUCCAAUCGAUUCAAUCAUCAAUCUGGCUGUCGUCUACUGAUGAAGAUGCGUGUAAUUCAGGGAACUCAGAUACAGUAAAAUCAGCUCCUGUAUCAUUUCCCUCUCUGUGGUUUCUGUGGUGGCCAUGGGCACACAGCGAGCCUCAGCAGCAAAUUGAAAAAGUUCAACAAUAAUAAACUCUGAAUGCAGCAGCAACCUCAGCAGCAUGGAUGAUGUUGUGUUUACAAUGGCAACCGCUUGCUUAAAGCUCGAAAGUCAUGAUGACAACAAGAUUCGAGUAAGUUAUUGCACCCUGCAGCCCAGAAACAGUCUGGCACAUAACCCCCUGUAAAACUGUGUUAAUUAGUGAGCUUAGAGGAGCUGGUAGGCAAAUUUUCUUUUAUCCUUAGACAGAGCCAAACUAGGUGUUUCUCCAUGUUUGUAGUCUUUGUGCUAAAUUUAGCUAACCGUCUCCUGGCUGUAGCUUUAUACUUCACUUAAGUGAUAUCAAUCUUCUCAUCUAACACUCAGCAAAGAAGCGAAUAAGCGUAUUUCCCAAAAUGUCGAACUAUUCCUUUAAACAGUCAUAAACAUAACAGAUAUACAUUUCUUAACCUCCAUUCAAAAACACAACAACAUCUGGAGGCUGGUAACCAGAUUGAUUUGUUUUGAUUGAUCAGCCAAUGAUUAGAUGUAACAUACAUGUAACUUUAUUGGUUGUAAUGUUCUUGUACUGCAUUGCCUAUGAUUAUUUAACAAUUAAACAAUGUCAUCUGUGUUUUCCAUUUUCA